AACGUCAGUUAAAUGAGUCUUUACUACCUUUAUCGCUGUCGCUCGCUCGUCUCUUUCGUCCAGCGAACUUCUUGGUUGAUUUUUUGAACAGAAAAGUGCAAGGUCCCGGUUUUGGCUCCUCAGAGUCCGCCAUCUUCCCCAGCAGCAUCCUCGGCUCCCCGCAGAGGACAGCGGGUGUUUGUAGGACACAGGAGGGGAGGGAGGGGUCCUGGCCUGGGCACGGAUCCCGAAGAGGCCCCGGGGCCGCCGCUGGAUGGAGUCGGGCUGCAUUCAGACAGCAAUGGCUAUGGGUCUGACAUCGAAAAAGGCGUCUGCUCGGAGCGUCGGCGUGGAGCGAAAAAACCUCAUCACGGUUUGCAGAUUCUCUGUAAAAACUCUCCUAGAAAAGUACACAGCAGAGCCCAUAGAUGACUCAUCCGAGGAGUUUAUUAACUUUGCCGCCAUUUUAGAGCACAUCCUCAGCCAUCGCUUCAAAGGUAACACUGCAGGUUCAGGAAGCUGGUUCAGCUCCGAUGGACAGCGCAGUUUCUGGGAAUAUAUCCGGCUGGCGUGCAGCAAGGUGCAGAACAACUGCAUCGCCAGCAUCGAAAACAUAGAGAACAUCAGCACAUCACGAGCCAAGGGGCGUGCGUGGAUUCGAGUGGCGCUGAUGGAGAAACGGCUGUCUGAAUAUGUAUCAACUGCUCUGAGGGACACGAGAACAACCAGGAGGUUCUACGACGAUGGAGCCAUUAUGCUGAGAGAGGAGGCCACAGUCCUGACUGGAAUGCUGAUUGGACUGAGUGCCAUUGAUUUCAGCUUUUGCCUGAAGGGGGAGACUCUGGAUGGGAAAUCCCCAGCUGUGGUUGACUACACACCCUAUCUGAAGUUCACUCAGAGCUACGACUACCUGAGCGAUGAGGAGGACCGCCGCAGUGUGGACAGCAGCAACAGCGAGGAGAGCGUCCCAGAGCACCCUUACAUCCCUCUGGUGACCGACGAGGAGAGCUGGAGCAACAAGUGCCGCAAGAUGGAGCAGAGGUUUAAGAUCGUCUACGCCCAGAAGGGUUACCUGGAAGAGCUGGUGCGCCUGCGGGAGUCGCAGCUGAAGAACGUGGAGACGGAGAACAAGUGUCUAAGAGCAAAGGUGGAGGAGCUGACGGUCCAGAGCCAACAGGAGAAGAAGGAGCUGGAGGCCAUCGUGCUGGAGCUGCAGGCCCAACUCUCUGCCCUCAUGCCCUGUGAUUCUUCCCAUCUGGCUAAAGAUCUUUCCAUCCCGCUGGUCAACCAGUGGACCACCAUCACAAAUAACCAGGGCGAUGUCAAGCUCUUCCGCAGGAGGAGCUUCCACAGUUUUGAGCAGCUUUCUGCUGAAGUCAGUCUGAACUCGGACUCUCAGAAGAAUGAUGGGAGACAGAAUGGGGAUGCUGCCUGGACCUCAGCAGGAAAAGACAACACUCCCUCCAUGCUGGGCCUGUGUGGCUCUCUGGCCUCUUUACCGAGCUCCAAGUCCCUGGCCAGCCUCAAGUCCAGCGAGUGUUUGGUCAACAUCAGCACUGAACCAAGCCCCGCGCUCUCUCCCAGUUAGGAGACCAACAAGAGAUUUAGCCCCCAGCCCGUCUGCCUGGUGAUGCUGCGUUGACCAUACCCGACCAAAACCCCGCUCCCACCAUCAACAGCUCCAUGAAAACAUACAACAGCAAAGUCGUGACACCAUCUCUGGAUUUUUGUACGCACCACGAAGCUGAAAGGAUCCGUCUUCUCCUCUGGUUCUUUGCCUUCUCCUCGCCUUAUCUGCUCGACUCUUCUCUCACACUCUGCCACAACCACUUUGUACUAUCCGUGAAUCCCUUCAUCCAGUUCCUCUGCAGACUCCUGUCAGACCUUUUCCAAUGCAUCCACUUAUUUCCUUGAAUCCCAUUUUGCUCCUUAUUUGAAUACCAAUAUUCACCCAGUGGCAUUGUCUGUGUGUUUGUGCAGCCUUGGCCUAUUUUAAAAUGUUAUUUUCUCUUCAACGUGUAAACCAAAACAGCACUUGCAGCCACUUGCAGAGAUACAGAUUAUCCGUAUAAAGUAAAGGAUGGGUUUCUACAGGCUGCCCUUACAGUGACACUGAGGAGUAUGUUUUGUGGGUGACUGAAUGGUGUCCGGGGUCUGCCGCCCCUGAAAGUGCAUAUCAUUCCUGCUUGAGUAAUCAAACACCGGUUCCACUUUGUUUUGAUCUGUGCAGAUAUUUAUUGAAUCUAUCAAAUCUUUAGCUACUACAUAUGUUAAUUUAUCUCAUUCUAAUCGAAUUCAGCAGUAUGUUGUUUCCACACGCAUACACCGGGUGAUUUCUGUUUGGUUUGCGUUGCAAUAAACUGCCUUUUUCCAUUA